AAUAAUAAAAAAUAAAAAAAUCGGAAUCUCCAAAGUUUAUUCUAGAACAACACACCAAAUAGCAUAUACCACUAGUCUUAUAUCACUCUGUGUUCCACGCACCUUCUUCUCUAUUGUUUGUUCUUUUACAACCAAAAUUCUUCAUCAACCGAAGCUAGUUCCGAAGCUGUUACCGAACCUAAGGUUGUUAGUUCCGAAGCUGUUGAGAUGGGUUUAACCGAACCUAAAGUUGUUUCUGGUCCUUCUGGUUAUGUCCUUGAAGAUGUUCCUCAUUUGUCUGAUUACAUUUCUGAUCUUCCAACAUAUCAUAAUCCUUUGCAAGACAAUCCUGCUUAUUCGGUUGUUAAGCAAUACUUUGUGCAUGUUGAUGACACAGUUCCUCAGAAGGUUGUUGUUCACAAAGAUAGUCCAAGGGGGACACAUUUUCGCCGUGCCGGCCCGCGCCAGAAGGUGUACUUUGAAUCAGAUGAAGUUCAAGCUGCUAUUGUUACAUGUGGAGGUCUAUGCCCUGGGCUCAACACUGUGAUAAGAGAAUUGGUUUGUGGCUUACACCAUAUGUAUGGCGUUACUCGAGUUCUCGGAAUCGAGGGAGGAUAUAAGGGCUUUUACUCUCGCAAUACAAUUGCUUUAACUCCUUCGAGUGUUAAUGGUAUACAUAAGCGCGGAGGAACUAUUCUCGGUACUUCGCGAGGUGGACAUGACACCAAUAAGAUUGUCGACAGUAUUCAAGAUCGCGGAAUCAAUCAGGUUUAUAUAAUUGGAGGAGAUGGAACUCAGAAGGGCGCAUCUGUAAUUUUCGAGGAAGUCAGAAGACGUGGUCUGAAAUGUUCGGUUGUAGGAAUUCCUAAAACCAUUGAUAACGAUAUCCCAAUUAUCGAUAAGUCCUUUGGCUUUGACACUGCUGUUGAAGAGGCUCAACGUGCUAUAAAUGCAGCACAUGUUGAAGCUGAAAGUGUUGAAAAUGGUAUCGGUGUCGUCAAGCUGAUGGGUCGAGACAGUGGAUUUAUUGCGAUGUAUGCUACUCUUGCGAGUAGAGAUGUGGACUGUUGCUUGAUUCCGGAGUCACCGUUUUACCUCGAAGGUCCCGGUGGACUUUAUGAAUAUAUAGAAGAAAGACUAAAGGAAAAUGGUCACAUGGUUAUUGUGAUUGCUGAAGGAGCGGGACAGGAACUUCUUUCCGCGAGCAUGGAAUCCGACAAAAAGGAUGCUUCUGGAAACAAGGUUCUUCUGGAUGUUGGGUUAUGGAUAUCUCAAAAUAUUAAGGAUUAUUUUGCCAGAGAGAAGACACUGGCCAUAACUCUCAAAUAUAUAGAUCCGACCUAUAUGAUCCGAGCUGUUCCAAGUAACGCUUCUGACAAUGUGUACUGCACACUUCUUGCUCAAAGUGCUGUUCAUGGAGCAAUGGCAGGUUACACUGGCUACACUAGUGGACUUGUCAAUGGAAGACAAACUUAUAUACCAUUCUAUAGAAUCACGGAGAGACGGAAUAAUGUUGUGAUAACCGAUAGAAUGUGGGCCAGGCUGUUAUCUUCGACAAAUCAACCUAGCUUUAUAGAUGCCGAGGUUUCCAAUGAAGAUGAAAAUGGAAAAAAACCGUUGGACCAGUUAGCAGACGGACAUUGUUUGGAAGACACUUUGGCUGAUGAAAACGGCAGCAUUUCCACCGCAAUUGCUUGCUGAUUGUCAUUCAUGUCUUUCUAUUGAAGCAUUUUAAGGAGUAUAUAUUAUAGAGUUAUCAUUUUUGUUCUUCCAUGUCCAUAAGAGAUGGCUGUGGAAAAUUCAGCCUGACAGGAUUGUUAAAUUAGUUAAGUUUAAUGAUGUUAUGGUUAAUAAUGUGAAUGGAUUCUGGUAUGUCCAGAAAUGAACUUUGUUAGUUUGAAUGUAUUGUUCAUGUUUAA